UUUCCAAUUUUGGUAGAAUUAGCCUAUCCCUUUAACUCUGCCUACUAAUAUUGUAUAGGUCUCACUCUCAUGGCUUGACAUCUGAUUCUUGUUGGAUGGCAGCAGCAAGACUGGAAACCACUCUGUUUCUCAUAUAUGUUAUAGAGGGAUUUAUGAGUUAUUGAUUGAUCAUAUCCUGCCUUUUAGACCUAAAAAGAGGAUAACGAGCCACUACAAGACUUCUGGAGCUGCUUCAGAAUACAAAAUGGGGGUCUCUCAUCAUCUCAAAAGGCUAUAGAGCUCGUAGCACUGAAAUCACUGUCCAAUCGGAUAUCCAGAAGGAUGACGUGAAUGACCAAUCCACACCCUCCGGGCAGCAGAUGACAAGUGGACUUCUGGCUUGCACACCUUGGCCAAAAUCAUAACUUUAAGGAGAGCAGCGGUGACACUCGUGACAGCAUUUUAAAGUUGCGAACGACCCGUUAAUCUGUUUGUGAGGUGGACUAGAUGGAGAAAUCUAAAAACUUUCGCAUCGACGCGCUUCUGGCUGUCGAUCCACCAAAAGUGCAGACCUCGCCGCUGGCGCUGGUCACCUCUCUGCCCACCUCUUCCAUAUCAUCCUCCUCCGAAAGUGUCCAGGCGUCGGAGUUGAACACGAACUCUGAAGCACUUCGAACCGAGACUCCGUCGCCCCCCAGGAUAUCGUCUUGCGGGUUGAUUCCCAAACCGGGUUUCUUAAACUCUCUACAUUCAGGCAUGGUCGGACUACACCCUCAGAGCAGCACCGGGAUUCCUCCUCAGGCUCUCUACGGUCAUCCAAUGUACACUUAUUCAGCAGCAGCAGCAGCGCUGGGUCAGCACCCGGCUCUGUCCUACUCAUAUCCUCACGGGUCGCACCAUCACCACCCCAGUGACCCCCUCAAACUCACCGCCAGCUCCUUCCAGCUCGAUCACUGGCUGAGGGUCUCCACUGCGGGGAUGAUGCUGCCUAAAAUGGCAGAUUACAAUGGCCAGGCGCAGUCAAACUUACUCGGGAAGUGUAGAAGACCAAGAACCGCGUUCACAAGCCAGCAGCUCCUUGAACUCGAGCACCAGUUUAAGCUGAAUAAAUAUCUAUCGAGACCAAAACGCUUUGAAGUGGCCACAUCAUUAAUGCUAACAGAGACACAGGUGAAAAUCUGGUUUCAGAACAGGCGCAUGAAGUGGAAGCGCAGUAAAAAGGCUAAGGAACAAGCCGCUCAGGAGGCCGAGAAGCAAAAGGGUAAAGGAAGCCAGGACAAAAUGGACGGACUGGAGAAGGACUACCAGAAGACAGAAUCAGUGAAAAGUAACAGAAAACGGGACUUUAGGGACAGUGACGACGAAGAAGGAGAUAAUUACAUGCUGAAUUCAUCUGAUUGUUCCUCCGAUGAUGAACGAACCAAUGCCAGUGAUAUCAGUCCACAACCACGAGACUUCGUUUCCAAAAAGACACUUACAUAAGAAGUAUGUGAUUAGCAUGUGUUAUCAUCUUGCAGUCAUUAUGGAAAUGCUGAGAAGGACGCGCACAUGAGCUGUUUGUAUACAAACACUGAUACUUCUCCGUAAGGCGAAGCCUGAUGAUUGCAGAGCAUGUGGUAAAAUUGCAUUACAUCAAGCAAAAUAGAUGAGUAGGCCCAUCACAAUCAGUAAUAAAUCACUGAGAUGUUCCUAUUCGAUAACCACGGAGUUAAUUUCUAAACUCAAGUGGGAUGGAAAAAAGAAUAAACCAGAACCAUAUUUUUUAUACAAUGUAUUUAUAACGAAAUCGCUUUUAAAAAUGCAUGUAAAUUAUUGUUUAGGUUUAUCAGUUACGCU